CUCACGCCCAUACUUUGAGGAAUUGACCAAUAGGGUUGCGAUUUUCAAUUCACGGAGAUCGCCCAUAUUUGAAUUUCGGAGCAUUCGCGGGCGUUGAGGAAGGUUAGAGUUGUGUUGAGACCUGACACGCCUUGAGCAGUGUGUUAUUACUUGAACUAUGUCGAUUCAUCUGGAGAUCAAAAAGGAACACACAGAGAUGAAGGAAGACACUGUGCUGCAGUCUAUUCCUUGCAAAAUUUAUGGGGACACACCUGCCAAUGUUUCGGCGUUCUUCACAUCAUAUAUUAAAAAAACUGAUGAUAAACAUUACGAUGCUUCAUUCAGAGGACACCCUCUCCACGGCAAAGUCAUAUCAGUUCCAGAAGGAUACAAAGGAUUGAUUCUCUACGAGCAGAAAAAACCUGCUAAUCCUAAAGAAGCUAGGAAAUUCGUAUCCACUGGAGGUUUUUCGAAGUUUACAUAUUGGAAUUUCGAUAAAUUACCUUCUAAGAAUGAUGCUAUAGUUUUAGCCUUGGAUUGGAUUGAUAUUGCUGAAGCAGUCCACGCGCCCGAAGAGAAAAGUUGAUGAACAAUCAUAUGUUAAAUCAAAAUAAUUCCUGAGAUACUCCAUGAAGUUUGAAAUGAUAUUUUCGUAAUUCAAUAUUACCAUUUUUUCAUGAAGAAGCCACAAUAUUUAAAACUAUUAUGAUAUACAUCUUCUUGCUAAUAAAGCCACGAUACUUUUAUAAUAA